ACCACCGUGCGCCAUUUUGAAGUGCACGUGAUACAUCUACGGCUCCAGACAGCAGUUAGCGAUGGCCGUAGCAAGAGCGUUCCGUGUGCUGUACCGCAUACUGGUCGAUUACUGUUCGAACUGUUCGUUGGCCGGCGUUGGGUACAUCUCCAACCGGAAGUACCACUGGACGGAGCGGCUCUUCUGGAUGGGGUGCGUCCUGUUCGCGUGGACCGGUUCGUACCUGCUGAUCAAAACGUACAUGGAGCUGUUCCGGAAGGAUGCGGUCAGCAUUGUGGUGGAGAAUCUGGACCCGCGGAAGGACAUCACCAGCUUUCCAUCGAUCGGUGUGUGCGAGAUGGGCUACACGAAGCAGCAGUACGAUGCGCUGCAGCAGGUGAUCGAAGGGUUUCGAACGAACGACGAGAUGGAGUACAACUACGAUGUGGAGGAGUUUAUGCUGCGCCUCAUCUACCACAACCUGUACAACUACGGUUCGAUCAAGUCGUACUGUGCGAUGUACAAGGACUGUGAGGACUGUGUCAAGUGUCCGGUGGAUGGCUAUCCGCGGUUUUCCACCGCGGUCCGGGCCAAUUGUUCGCAGCUGUUUGAUGAGUGCCGUUGGAAUGGGAAGGUGUUCGACUGCUGCCGCUACUUUCGUCCGAUACAGACGACGAUGGGUUCGUGCUUCUUGCUGAACUCGAUACAAACCGUUAGCAAAUAUGGCUUCCAGUGGCUUCGAAUGGAUAUGAGCAUGGGAUCUCCCAAAGGGGAGCUGUUGCUGAACUUUAGCCGAGCAACAACGGCAUACGUCCAGAACCAGGAGGACAUUCCCCACAUGCUCCUAACGACGCUCCAGUUCAACCAGAUGCCGGAAGGCUACGCGGGCAAAAUCUUCAUCACCGUGCAAAACAUUGCGAACGAUCCGCUCGUACGCACGGUGGGUAAAGCGGUCCGGCGGUGUGUGUUCCCGGACGAAGAUACCGAUACGCGGUACAAAAGGUACAGCUACAGUGUGUGCGUGACGGAAUGUCUGAAGACGGCCCAGAUAAAGACGUGCAACUGUUGCCACCACAACUUGCUGCUUGGAAAGAACGAUAAGAGUCCGGUUUGCGGGUACGACGGGCUCAACUGUCUCGAUCAGCGCGAUCUGAUGUUUCCCCAGACGACCAUCAUGCAACCGUGGCGUACGAACGGGCUCGUCUGCGACUGUUUCCCGUCCUGCACCGAGCACGAGAUCCGCAUCAUUGGACGCGAAUCGGAGAUGGAACGUCGGACCGGCCGGUCGGUGUUGAUCAAGCUGAUGGGCCUACCGUCGCAACGCUACCGAAGGCAGAUCGUGCGUGAGGAUAUCGAUGUGGUGGUAUCGAUCGGUGGCAUACUGGGGCUGUUUACCGGGGCAAGCAUUUUAAGUUUGGUAGAGUUUAUCUACUUCUUCACGGUGCGCUUCGGCACGUACGUGGUGACGGAGAUAAAGGAGGAAGAGUAUGCGGCUGCUAGUGAGGAGGAGUCGGAGGCGGAUGGCUUGCAGGAAAAGCACCACACACUACGCCAUGCUUGAGGGGAGAUAGGAGACCUAGGAUAUUUCUUCAAGUUUUAAAUAGAUGUGUUAGUGGUAAGGGGUUUUUAACAUCUCGCUCAAAUAAAUAAUUUAAUGCCACGCAA